AUGUGUCUCUGUGUGUUGGAGGAGGGGGAUGGCAUUGAAGGCAUUUACUUUUUGUUGCUGCUGCUGCGUUCUUCUUACUCCUUUGAUUCUCCACCCUCUCGGGACGGCGCAAGAGAAGUGAAAAGGAGGGAAUUUCAACCCAAAGUUGCCUUUUGCGGGUCACGAAGAAAGAAUCACACACUAAAGAUGGUUUACGCCUUGCUGGAACUCCCUGCUGGUGUCGCCCUCUUCAAGGUGGACGGUGAGAGGCGGCGGCUGAAGGCGAUGCUGCAGUUCAAGAGCACCGCCGACGCGCUGGCGACGACGACUCAGGUUGUGAACGGUGAGCUCUCAAAGCCGGUGCGCAAAUUCCUAAAGAAGAAUUUGGUGGAGAAGGAGAUCACGGAGGAGCUCGCCGUCGCGGACUCCAAGCUGGCAAAAGCAAUCAAAGAGACGUUGGCCAUCCCUUGUGUGCACGGUGACGAAACACUUGCCACAUUCCGCGCGCUGCGAGCGAACAUCGAUGCGCUGCUGCAGGAGGUGUCGGCGGAGCAGCUCAACCAGACGGCACUCGGCUUGGCGCACAACUUGAAUCGCUACAAGCUGAAGUUUUCUCCGGACAAAGUGGACAUGAUGGUGGUGCAGGCUGUGGCGUUGCUCGAGGAUCUUGACAAGGAGAUUAACAAAUACGCGAUGCGGGCCCGAGAGUGGUACGGAUGGCAUUUUCCCGAGCUGGCGAAGAUUGUGAAUGACAAUUUGCUUUACGCAAAGAUUGUGUUGGCCGCCAAGACACGUUUUAAUGUCCGGGACAUUGACUUUUCUGACUUUUUGGAGGAAGAAUUGGAGCAGAAGGUGAAAGAUGCAGCAAUGGUGUCCAUGGGCACGGAGAUUGCUGAAGAAGACAUUGAAAACAUUUGUCGUCUCUGUAGCGAGGUGGUUGCGGCCUCAAAGUACCGCGAGACGCUCUCGGCCUAUCUUAGCUCCCGCAUGCAAACUAUUGCCCCGAACCUCACCACGAUGGUGGGCGAGCAGAUUGGCGCCCGGCUGAUUCAAAAGGCAGGCUCACUCCUGUCGCUGGCAAAGUACCCCUCUUCCACGGUGCAGAUACUCGGCGCCGAGAAGGCUCUCUUUCGCGCCUUAAAGCAGCGGCAGGCCACACCCAAGUACGGUAUCUUGUACAACGCCCAGGUUGUGGCGAAGGCUGCUGCCCCGAAUAAAGGGACAAUGUCCCGUGUGCUGGCAGCGAAAACUUCCCUUAGUGCUCGCAUUGACUCAUUUGGUGAGGGCGACAACGCCCCGGCACUGGAGUACCGCAGCAAAGUGGAGGAACGACUACGCCAGUUUGAGGAGGGUGUAACAUACGGGCACUCCGGUAACGCACGCGGCAGCGGUGCGAGGCUGCAGCAGAAGCGCGCGCAUCCGAACGGUGGAGAUAACAGUAACUACGGCGGGGGUGGCGCACCGUACAAGCGGGCACGCCUAAACGAUAACGGCUUCCAACAGCGAAGAUAA